AUGUCUUCAUGUGGAUAAACAUUUAAGCGAAAGAAUUACCUCAUUAUAAUCAAUGAACUACUCGCUAUAACAACCGACAAACAUAAGAUGAAAAGAAAGGGUUCCUGUUACCCCCUUUCCCCCUGAAUGGUCUGCUCCGCCGAUGCAGGUCUGGUUCAGAGCAGCCACAUCGUUAUCUACCACUGAGAAUCUCCGAUAGGAAGAAUAAGCGCAGUCCAUCUGUCGGCGCGGUUGUACAGCCGAAUAAUAAUUUUCGGACGGUAGAUAUACUGACAGGAUGAGAAGCGGGGAGUUCAUCAAGUUUUUGACUGUUUGGGAUCGAACAUUAAUCGCCGUCAUGACCUGGGUACGAGCGGCUCCAGUGACCAACGAAUGAUGCAGAGGAAUUUGUAUUGCGCGUGAUAUCGGGAAAUGCGAAGUAUCUGUUUAUGAUGGAAGACAUGGAGAGGAAGACACUAUAUAACUGACCACUGACAGGACAUCUUCAUCCUAACUACAUCCGCCGUUGCUACAUGCGCCGUUGUAGGCUCUUCCUACCUAUGCUUCCUACCGCACCUGCAGAAUCUCUGAUCUCCGGACGAUCAUUAAGUCGAUGCCAAUCAACGAAUUAAUCUGCUUCUAUCUCAGAAACUGAAUUGAAUUGUAAUCAGACAGCAGGACAAAUUAUCCUAUUUAAUAUAUGAUUUGGUAAACAAGUGAUUCUUGUUGGACAUCGAUCAUACUCAUUGAUUAUUUUUUCUAACCAAAUUUUACUUUCUUAUAAUAUAACUAUUGUUUUGCCACUAUUGCCAAUUAUUAGUAAAGUAAUAUUGACUAUUAUAUAGGUAGGGAUGUUCUACAUGAGUUAAUGCAGAUGCAGGCUUGUAAUAGAUUUCAGCCGCUAUCAGAAGGAGACUGUUUACUCAGACCCGGAUAAGUACCCUCCCAUCAGCGGUGCUCUAGUUGUUUUCCUGCGCGUGUGGAAUGCUCGACCUCAAGAUGAAGGAGACCUGUCGCAUCUGUGCCCGGGAGCUCUGCGGCAACCAACGGCGAUGGAUCUUCCACCCGGCCGCCAAGCUCAACCUGCAGGUGCUGCUGUCCUACGCCCUGGGCCGCGAGCUGACGCGGGACGGCCGCGGCGAGUUCGCCUGCUCCAAGUGCAUCUUCAUGCUGGACCGCAUGUACCGCUUCGACACGGUGAUCGCCCGCGUGGAGGCGCUGUCCAUCGAGCGGCUGCACCGGCUGCUCUCGGAGAAGCACCGCCUGAGGCAGUGCGUCAGCGGCCUGUACCGCAAGACCAACGGGGACGACGGCGGCGCGGGCGACCCCGCCAACGCCGCCGCCGGCCCCUUCGACGGCAUGGUGGACAUGACGGGGCUCGGCCACGCCCAGUACUGCGCCCUGCUGCAGGAGGACCUGGUCUACUCCCCGUACGAGUCCUGGGCCGACGACGGCACGGACUGUCCCCAGCACCACCACCACGCCUCCCCCCACCCCCACCACCACUCCCAGUGCCCCGCCGCCCCGGGCUCGGAGGCGUCGGCCCCGGGCUGGCACCGCUACAUCCCGCGGACGGGCUGCCGCGGGUGCAGCCGCUGGCGGGUGGCCGACUCGGACUAUGAGGCGGUGUGCAAGGUGCCCAGGAAGCUGGCGCGGAGCAUCUCCUGCGGGCCGUCCACCCGGUACUCGGCCAGCCUGGGGGGGGGCGGGAGCACCCCCGGAGGGGCAAGAGGAGGACGAGGAGGAGGAGGAGGGGAAGCAGCCAGUCAAAACGAAGAGGAGGAAGAGGAGGAGGAGGAGGAAGGCUCAGAGGAGCCCGUCACCUCCCCCACGCUGGUGGCCGGCUCCUGGAACCCCUCCAGCGAGCGCAACUCGGACAGCGAGCGCACGCUGGCGGGAGGAGGGGCCAGCUCCCGCUGCUCGCUGGGCUCUUUGGAGCCGUCGGACGGGGACGGAGGCUCCACCCCGGGCCUCCCCCCGGACUACCCCGGCCAGCGGAGAGCCGGCUCCCUGUCGGAGCAGGAGCACCCGGGAGCCCCCCUCAGCCCGGCUCCCUCGGUAUCGGGGUUCUCCCUGGCCCUGUGCAUGCUGCACAACUGCGCCCCGUACCGACCGGUCCAGAGCCCCAAGGGCUGCAGGCUGCCCGUGCUGCUCCGACAGAGCCCGAGCAACGGAGGCCCCCGGAUGGACGCGUUUGAGCCCCCUUAUGGGGCGCCGAACGGGGAGAUGGAGAUCCAGUACCACAUGGCCGAGCUGGAAGCCCCCCUGGUUGGGCUGGGCGGGGGGAACGACAGUGGCGUGGACCUGGCGGAGAUGGGUGAUUUGUGGGAGGAUGUGUAUCACGAGUGCCCCGUCCCGAGGCCCCACCAGAGUCUGGUGGAGGAGCAGCAGAGCCAGCUGAACCAGUAUGAGUGCGCGGCCGGCCAGUGCGUCAGCGAGCUGCAGAAGGCCCAGCUCCAGGUGCACUCCCUCCAGGCCAAGAUGCAAGAGGGCGAGGCCAACAACACGAAGCUGCAGGAGAAGCUGAACGAGAUGGAGUGUGAGCUGCGCUCCAUCCGCCAGGCCGCUCAGUUCCAGGAGAGGACCAUCCAGGGCCUGACGGACUCCAUAGACACUAAAGACGGCGAGGCCCAGGAUCUGUAUCAGCUGAUCGAAGGACAGAACGCCUCUCUGUGCAAGCUGAGAGAAAUGACCCACCGUAACCAACUCACACAGGCGGAGGCCCCAGAGGGCCCCGGCAUGGUCCAGGCCAUGUCCCACCUGCAGGGUGAGCUGGUGCGGGCCCAGAGUUCCCUGUUCUCCCUGGGCCUGGAGCUGGAGACCAGCCAGAGGAGCCUGCGCCUCAGCCAGAGGCAGGGGGAGGACCUGGCCCGCUUCAAGGAGCGUCUCCACUCCGACCUGCAGGUGGCGCUGCAGCACAGAGAGGUCACUGAGAAACACAACCAGGACCUGCACAGCGACCUUCAGCGGACGCGCGCGGAGCUCCGGGAGAAGGAGGCCACCCUGAAGGAGGUGGAGGUGGUGAGGCAGGCGGAGGCGCUGGAGAGAGAGCGGAGCCUCAACGCGCUGCAACACUCACUGCAGGCAAAGGACAGGCAGCUGCAGGAGUACUCUGAGAUGCUGGAGUCCCCAGAACCCUCCAAACCCAGGGACGCACUCUUAGAGAAACUACGAGAGCGCAUUAAAGAGCGAGACAGAGCUCUGGAGCGCUCCAUCGACGAGAAGUUCCGCUGCCUGGAGGAGCGCGAGGGCCAGGUCAGCCGGCUCCAGCUGGCCCUCCGGGAGAAGGAGCGCGACCUGGAGCGCCUGCGCUGCAUCCUGUCCAACAACGACGAGACCAUCACGAGUCUGGACUCCCUGGUGCGAGGCAAGGACCUGGAACUGGAGCAGGCGUCGGAGGCCUACAGGAGCCUGCAGUGGCUGCAGCAGCAGAGCCAGGAGAAGGAGGGCAAGGCUCUCCGAGAGAAGGACACGGCCAUCAGCCAGCUGCAGGCCGCCCUGCAGACACGCAGCCAGGAGGCGCAGGAGCUGCGCGCCUCCCUGCUGGCCCGGGUCCAGGCGGGUCCCGUUGAGGUGGUGGAGGACCUGAAGUCCCGCCUGGCCCUGAAGGACCAGCUGUUCCAGGAGCUGCUGUCGGACCGCAGCCUCCAGUCCCACCAGCACCAGGCUCAGCUCCAGGACCUGCUCAACACCGUCGGCUCCAAGGACCAGUACCUCCAGGACUGCUCUGAUAGGCUCUCCCAGGUGAUUGGCGAACGAACCAGCCAAUUGCAGGAGCUCCGCAAGCAGCUGUCCACGAGAGACCGGGAGCUGUGCGAGCUCAGGCGGGAGAGAGAGAGGGAGCUGGGAGGAGAGACUGAGCGGCUGCAGAGUCUGCUGAAAGAGAAAGAGGCCUUCAUUAAAGAGCUGAUGCAGGGCCAGGAGGAGGCCAUGGAGACCUCGUCAAAGGAGGGCGAGGAGGAGAGGAGGGCCGUGCAGGAGGAGCUGCAGCUGGUGCUCCAGAGGGAGAAUGAGGCGCAGAGAGAGAUCUCUGCGUUACAAGAGGCCUUAGCUGAGGCCCAGCAACAGGCCCAUGAAGCCAUAGAGGGCACCGAUCACCAUCAUAUCCUCCAGCAGCUGCAGUCAGAGUACUACGACCUGAAUGAUGCCCUGCGAACAGAGAAGGCGCUGUACCAGAGCCUCAGCCACAAACACAGCAGAGGAGACAGCAGCUCAGAGAAGACCCAGGCUUUGCACACAGAGCUAGACUCUGUGCAGGCGCUCCGUGGACAGCUCGAGGAGGUCCUGGCCAGGACCCGGGGCAUGGCCCUGGCACUGGAGAGGGCUGCUGAAGCGCGCUCUGAUUUUGGAGAGCUCAGCACUGAGGAAGAGGAGGGCGACGAAGAGGGCAGCAGUGAUGAGUUCAGUGACAGCAUUGAGGACGACGAUGUGAAAGUGACGGCCAAAAGCCUCGGCUCUGCUCAGGGGGCGCCGACCGCGGCAGCGCUCCAUCCCGGGGGGCCGUCGCCCCUGGAGACGGGGGCUCACAGCCAGCAGGUUCAGCGGUUGGAGGAAGCCAAGAAGACGCUGGAAGGGGAGCUCCAGGUCAUCCACUCCCAGCUGGAGAAGGAUGGCUACUCGUCCCUGGCUCAGAUGAGGAGCACGCUGCUGGGCCUACAGCAGGAGAUCCAGGCCCUGAAGGGGAGCCGGGGGGCCGCGGGGGCCGGGGACCCUGCAGGGUCGCCCUGCUGGUCUGCAGGGGGCUAUGACGAGCGGGAGGAGGAGGAGGAGGAGGUGGAGGAGGAGCGGGGAGAGGAGCCUCAGGCCGUGGCAGGAGGGGGUGGAGCGCCGGGUGUGAGGAGCCCGGCGGGCCGAGAGGCCACAAAGCCCACCCGGCCCAAAUCUCUAGCCCUGGAGACCCUGCUGUCCCAGUACCAGCCCAGCCAGCGGGAGCAGGAGGCGAAGGCUGCCGGGGGUCCGAGAGGUGAGGAGGUGGGGGGCUCCUUCUGGGAGCUGGUGGAGGAGGGUCUGCGGGAGCAGGCGGCCGGGCUUCGCUCGGACCUGACCCAGAGCCGGCAGCAGAACCGCGAGCUGCAGGAGAGGCUGAUGGUGUCUGAGGCCACGGUGCAGGCCCAGGCCGAGCAGCUGAAGGACUACCGGGAGCUGCUCACGGAGACGGCGGUGCAGCAGGCCAGUAAGCAGGUGCAGGUGGACCUCCAGGACCUGGGCUACGAGACCUCCGGCCGCAGCGAGAACGAGGCCGAGCGGGAGGACGCCAGCAGCCCAGAGUUUGAUGACCUGGAGAUGUGCACCUCCCUCUCCCACCACACAGACUACGAGGUGGGGAGUGGUGGAGGCGGGGGCGGGGGUGGCUGGUACGCCGGAGACCACCGCCACGGCGGCGCCGGCGAAGACGACGAUGGCCGCGGCGGGGAGGGUUAUGAGGGCCUGGAGGAGGAGGAAGAGGAAGAGGAGGAGCUAGAGGAGGAGGAGGAGGAGCUAGAGGAGCAGGGGAAGGGGUCCGUCAGACACCUGGUGCAGGACCUGCGGGCCCAGCUGACCCGCUGUCACAAGGUGAUCCGCGGGCUGCAGCUGCGCGUGCGCUCCCUGUCCACCACCAGCGACUACGCCUCCAGCCUGGAGCGCACGCCCCGCAAGCAGGUGAACUGGGCCUUCGAGGCGUCCCCGGCCCACGACGGCGGGGAGGACGACGAGGGCUGGGGGUCGGACACGCUGGCCCCCCGGCCCCGGCCCAGGCCCAGCAGGGAGCUGCGGGAGCUGGUGUCCCGCGUGGCCUCGCUGGAGGCCAAGCUGAAGAGCUCCAGGCUGGAGGCCAAGGGCCAGGGCGAGGAGGGGAAGGGUGCCACCUGGCCUGGGAAGUACAACACCCUGAUCCAGGCGCAGGCCCGAGAGCUGUCCCACCUCAGGCAGAGGAUGAGGGAGGGCCGGGGCGUCUGCCACAUCCUCACCCAGCACCUCGGGGACACCACCAAGGCCUUUGAGGAGCUGCUGCGGGCCAACGACAUCGACUACUACAUGGGCCAGAGCUACCGAGAGCAGCUGGCCCAGAGCACGUCGCUGGCCCAGAGGGUGGCCACCAAGAUCAGCGGACGAGAUCGAGCAGAGGGUCAUGAUGAUAAGACAGGCCACGAGUUGCUGGCCUUAAGGCUCAGCAAGGAGCUCCAGCAGAAGGACCAGAUCAUCGAGUCCCUCCACACCAAGCUGCAGCGGCGGGCCGAGACCCCGUCCAGCUGCCACGCCCUCUCGGAGACCUCGGACCAGACGGACCGCACCUCCCUGGUGUCGGACGAGUGCCGCACCAACGAGGACCUGGAGCUGUGCUCGGAGCUGGACGCCAGCGAGUACCAGGACCAGCUCCGCCAGGAGCCCGCCCUGGGCCCCCACAGAGGAGUGGGUCCAUCUCUCCCUUCGCCUCGCGGGCUCAAGUCCUGCAGCAGCUGUCCCAACAUGCUCUCCUCCCCCCCUCUGGGCGCUGCCUCUCAGCCCGCCAGAGCCCCCCCCACCGGCCCCGUCUCCUGCUCCCUCCCCAGCCCGUACGGCCCUGACCUCUGGGGUCAGCGGGUCACCUUUGACCCCCGCCCCAGGGCGGUGUCGGUGAAUGCUGUUCGGCAAGAGCUGGACAUAAUGUACAGGCAGAUGUAUGGGCAGCCCCAGGGCUUCAGGGCGUCUCUGUCCCCGCUGCCGCCGCUCGGGGCCCUCGACCGCCACCCCCUGGCCUACAGCCCGCUCUCCCACCACGCCUACCAGCCCUACCCGCUGGGCCGCCUGCCCCAGAGCCACUCCCUCAAGUCGGACUCGGGGCUGCUGACGGGCGGGGCGCUGUGGGACAUGGAGAACGUGGCGCCGUCCAUGCAGGCGGGCUACGCCGGAGCCUCAGCGUACCACGCCGACGGCAGCCACGCCGGAGCGGACCUGAUGGAGGAGCACCUGAGGGAGGUGAGGUGUCUGCGCCAGCGCCUGGAGGAGUCCAUCAGGACCAACGAGAGGCUGAGGCAGCAGCUGGAGGAGAGGCUGGCCUCCCCCGGCCGAGAGGGAGGGGCGUCCACUAACAUCUACAUCCAGGGGCUGGACUCUGUCACCCAGCUGUCCAACGAGAUCCGGACCGUGAAGGAAGAGAACCUGGCGCUACAGUCCCGCCUGCAGGCCAGCUCAGACGCGUGUGAGGAGGCGGCCCGACUGAGGGAGGCAGUGCUGGCGGGCCACGCCCGUCUGAAGCAGGCGGAGCACGAGGCGGAGCAGUGGAAGGAGGAGCUGAGGCGGCUGCAGAGCCACAGCCAGGAGCAGGGCGUCCAGAUCCACAGCCUGAGGCAGGAGAGGCAGGCCGCGCUGGAGAACAGCAACAGGCUGCAGCACGAGGCGUCCCUCCUGCAGCAGCAGCUGUGCGAGAGCAGGGAGCUGAUGCACUCCCUGCAGAGUGAGCUCCAUGUGUACGACCGCGUGUGUGGCAGCACCAGGGCCGGCCAAGGCUUCCUGUCGGGGGGGCCGGCGCUGCCCCUGGAGCUGGGCGAGCUGCUGGGGGAGGUGAGGAGCCUGCGCGCGCAGCUCCAGAGCAGCGUGCAGGAGAGCAGCGCCCUCAAGCAGCUGGAGCUCCACAAGCAGCUGGAGCAGAAGCUGGGCCUGGGCUCGCCGCGCACGCCCUCCCUGUCGACCCUCACCGCCAGCCCCCAGAGGGACAGCUUCUACCGCCGGCAGCUGCUGCACGACCCGGCUCCGUCCCCUCCCGUCCGGGACAUCGGUCUGUUUAACUGUGGCUCCCCGUACGGGCCGUACUCAGACCUGGACGACAGCCACAGCACUGCCAACGCUCCACUGCCCCUGCUAGAGGAGCCCUUUGACCCUCACUCAGAGCUGGAGGGCGACGCCCCCGACGGCUCCUUCGCCAAUCGGAACGGCCGCCACGCCAUCGGCCACGUGGACGACUUCAGUGCCCUGCAGCAGCAGGUGCUGGAGGGGCGGAGCCUCGUCCAGCGCAUGGAGACGGCUCUGCAGGCCUGCCUCAGCCAACCGCCGCUGCCGGGCAACCAGGAGCCGAGCCACGAGCUGGCGCUGGACUUCGGCUGCAUCAAGAGCCUCCUGUCCAACACCAAGACUCUGAGGCAGAUCCACGAGGAGGCGCUCUCGCUGCUCAAGAUGUUCUGGAGGGCGGCUCUGCCCGGCAACGACCGCUCCCCCCUCGGCCUGAAAAAGGAGCAGGCCAUGCAGGAGGAGAUCCUGUCCCUGAGGCUGCGCAUGUCGGAGCAGGAGGAGGUGCUGCAGGGAACCAUCCAGAGGCUGAGGAGCACCAACCGCACCAAGGAGCACAUGGAGCUCUACAUCGUCAACCAGCUGUCGAGGACUCGUGAUGUGAUAAAGAAAGCAAGGACUAACUUGGAGAAGAAUGAGCAGAGGCUAUCCUCUCUAAGCCCCGCCUCUUCCACUCCUUCUGCUGCUGCGGACCCUAGACCUGCUGGCAGAGAGAGGCGCCAUGAUUGGAGUUUCCUGAAGACCGGCGUUGCCGUGGCUACAACCAAUCAGCGCCCAGUGGCUAGAAAACGCAGCAGCCAAUGCCUUCUUGAGACUCUGACUUAUUAAAAGACAACCAGCCUCAACGCUAGCGACCUCUGAACACCCCCUGCCCUCCCUAUAAGAACAGCCAAGGCCCCCCUCCCUCCCCCCCUCCUCCCUCCACCUCCGGCCUUACCUCACCCCAUCAACCUCUCCUCCCCAUCCUCCCUAAACACCCAGACGAUCUUUAGAGUGCCUCCAUGCCUCUCACUCAACCCCCCCACACUACCACCUGUCCAGCCAUUAUAUUUGCAACUUGAGCCAUAUCCACACCCCAACCCCCUCCCCCCUCUGUCCACCCCCCACCCGUCCAACAACCGUACAUCUAUUAUUGUCUUUGUGUGAAAAAUUCUAGUUUGCAUUGUUGUGAGAGUAACAGAUGGUCUUUGCGAUGUGCCUCCGGUGGUUUCAGUGGCGUACGUCCUAGGCUGAUGCGGAUGAAGGUAGUGGGAGGGUUGUACCCUCCGAUCUGGUCUGGAGCCAGGUGUUUUUGGUACUUUGGUUUUUUUGAAAGCCAUGUCUAAAAGCCAUGCUGGUGUCAGAUCUGUGUCGAAGGGCAUCCUCUCCUACCAGCCAGACAGCCGUUGGAUGAGAAAAGGGUUAAUGCAUGUUUACUCAUGGCUUGUUGGAAGGAUUUUUUACGUACACACACUCACAAGUAAAUACACACAUACAUGAAAUACCUGUGCAAACAUGACAACAUAUGAUCACUCAAUCGAAACACAAAAAAAUUGGACCUCAACUUUUUACUGCCACAAAAAUGCAAGUUUACUUCUUGUGGCGAUUUCCUUAAUGAAGACAUUUUUGCCAGUACAAUGCAAAAAACAUUUAAACCUACAAUGUAUCACUGAACACGUGAAGGAAUGUACACAGUUGUGCACUGCUGAGCUCAGUAUUUGUGUACUAGCUGAAUUAAUAUAUGGUGAGGGCUGAUGAAUGUUUUACUUUUUAGCCAUUAGCCAAGUGUUCUCCUUGAGAACCAAGUAAUGGUUCCAUUUUGGUCCCUAGCCAUCUCUCUUUGUGGCCAAAACAUGAAUCCAUUGCCAGAUUUGAACUCAUAUCCCAGCUAUGAUGGUGUUUGUCCAUCUGCCUGGUAAAAAUUGGUAAACUUGUUUUGUUUGGACUAGGCCUUAAGGUUAAGGGCCGAAAUGGAACCGGAUCGAACCAGUAUUCAAUCUCCACCGAAAGGAGUCCUCAUUCGAGCAUGUGCAAUACUAACGUUUAUCGAAUGAACAAGAAAAAAAGAACAGUUUGCUGUUUUGAUUUGCUAUAUCUUAGCCUGACACUGAAACGUAUUUAUUUAUACACAUGAUAAUGUUAAGACAAACACCCGUGCAAUAUUGUACGACUCUCUGUCGCUGUGUUUUAUUCUGCAGUGAUGACCGCAUGACCGUUUUCUUUUGGAGAGUAACAUACCACAUAUUGAAUUGUGGAGCAGGGGAGCACCGUGGCUUGCCAAAGUUUGAACUAUAAACUCCUUAAUUUCAUUUGAUUUGCCUUAACCAUGUGAAGGACAAACACGAGUCGUACCAGACUAUAGGAAGUGAGACUAUUGCUAAAACCUGAUGACAUUUUUGUCUUCUUACAGAACCACAGAGAGGGUAACCGUUGAAAAAGAAAAGAAAAGCUGCAUGAGUUCAAUGAGAACUAUGUGACAGAAACUUGCUCCUUUAAUGGACCAAAGCUUGACAAAGUAUUUGUAGUUAUUGUUGCGUUUCCAUGGCAAUGGCAAAAGAUGUUAAGCUGUUCUAAUAAGUUUUACAAACUUUGGCAUGCUACAGGUGGGACCAUUGUUCUAGUGCUGGUUUAGUGGUAUCAGCUGUGUUGUUGCAGUGUGCUUAGAUGUGUGAUCUCGCUGUACAUUGUUAUUGCUAUUGUUUUGCUGUAAGAUAGCUGCUUUUGUUGCCUUCGUUAUGAUUUUAAAGUUUGCAGUUUGGAAAAAAUCAAUGCCAAACUUUGCUUCGUGCAAAGUGUAAUACCUGGGUAGCUGUGCAAUAGCUUUACGACACACCUGCUUUUAUUUGAUGUUAAACAUCAAUGUUUUAAGAAUAUGUUUGAGUGUAUUCACUUCUAUGAUUUGUAUGGUUUGUUAGGAAUGUAUGUUAAGAGAAUUGUGGCUUUUUAAAAUAAAUCCUCACAUAGGCUGUAUCACAUGCGAUCACGAUCCAUGCCUUGAUGUAAUGCCCCUUGAUCACAGUAUUAACGGAAACAUAACAAGAGGGCAGUGUUGCUUCGCUUGCCUUUAGCUUGAGUCUCGUUUGCACAAGAUGCAAAUGUAGGAAAUGGCCUUGAACUAGAGCUUUAUGUUUAUCUUAGACAUAAAACUCUGCAAAAAUAGGUCUUGUCUGUGCUCCGUCAGUUUACCCUAACCCUACUUAUAGAAAAGGAUAUGAGUAAAUUACCAAAUAUUUAAACAUAAAAUGUGAAUUGUUAUUUGGUGGAAGGUAAAACCAUUAAGAGAUUCAAAGAAUCUAUCGAUUCAUGUUUCGACCAGUGUUUUUAAAGAUUCGGUCUCCACCUUUUUAGAGCGUAAACAAUGCCUUUUUGAUAGUUUGUUUAGAGGGAAACGUAACGGCGUAUGAAACAGUGUAUUGAUAGUUCUGUUUGUAUAUAGUACUUUUGACUGAUGUGAUUGGAAAGCAGCUUUGUUUUUGUAGAAAGAAAGAGAACUAGAAUUGCCGAGACAGGACUUUGGGUCGGUCUCUGAUGACAGUAACAGUGUGUUGUGUUUACGCAUCAUGAAAGGUUUUCUGAAGAAAUAAAUAAAACAAAAGUGAAAUGA